UCUGUGCAUAUGAAUAACAACAAACAGGGACAUAUUUUAGUAGACACCUAGGUCAUUCGUCAAAUCAACAAAUCCAAAAUUAUUCGCAAUAUGGACGAGUCGGAACUACUGUUUAAUCUCUUCUACUUCCUGCUGUGCAUGGUCAUUAUCUACCCCCCAGAGGAGUUCCAGCGCCUCGGCCUCACCAUCGAACAGUUGUUCGCUCGGUUUCUGGGCGAGGAGUACCUAGACUUUGUGGGCUACCAUUUGCGACGCACAUCGCUGAACCUCUUCGUGCACUCCUGCCUGCCAUUCUCCUACUUUCUUAUCCACAGACUGAAGUUCUCCGUUUUCGCCACGCAGGAGCCUCUGGAGGACUCCGAUCUCGACCCAGAUUUCCCAAUGCCCCAGGAGGCGGUGGCCUUUAAAACGCUAACGUGGAAGACCGCCCAGCGGUUUAGUGUGCUGGCCGUUCUAGCCGUUCCCGCCCUCAUAUUCAACUGGCAUCAGCAGAACUGGCGCCGGCACCCCAUCAGCAAGGCCCUUUCGAAGUACUCCAACUCGCCGGGCAGCUAUAAUGCCGUGGCCAGCGACAUUGGCACUGAGUUUCGACGACCUGAAAUUUACAAAAAAAAACUUAACUCUAUAAGCACUGUGAUUGCCACCCAGAACUGGAUAAUCAAAACCACUAUGUACAAUGUCCAUUUUGCUCAUCAAAGCAACACGUCGCUUAGCGUAGCUAAGGCGGAGACAUACAACAUUUCGCAUCAUGACCAGAACGACACUCUGCAGAUGAUUAGCAUUAUUGUGCGACCUAUGAGGCAGGGCGUGAGUGACUUCCACAUACGUAUUAAUGCUUUGGAGUUUAGGAACCUAGAGGACCGUGUUCGGCGCCCCAUCGCAAUUCCCUCCAAUAUCCAGUUCCACCGAAAUGUCAUCGACCGCUUUGUGGACGUGUUUAAAACGCAAGUUGCUCUAAAUCCCAUUUUUCAGGCGGACGCCACUACAGAUAAGUGUUUCGCCUGCAUGCUAAACGAACCUAACACUAAGAUUCACAAACAAUGUGCAGACUUGGAUCGCAAUGGCGCUCCCCUUGCGGAAGGGUCGUGCUGUUCGAACUGUUACUGUCGACCUAUGUGGUGCGUGGAGUGUCUGGCACGGUGGUUCGCCGCUCGCCAAACCGACGUGGAUCGCGAGGUGUGGCUGGAACAAAAGUGCACCUGCCCAAUGUGCCGGGCCAAGUUUUGUGUGCUUGAUGUCAGCUAUAUCAGACCCCCAGCAGACCUAAGAGCCCCUUCUCAGUAUCACGGAUCCCAAGAUGAGGCUGUCGAUACCACGUGAUGAACGACUGUAAAUUUUACAAUUAAACGACUCUUAAAUCAAACCUGGUUCUUUAUUGGUCUGAUUAAAAAAUAAUAAUUUUUACAAUAAGACGUACAAUUUACAUAGUUAUAAACUUAAAAAUAUGCAUAUUAAUUAGUGCAAUUAUCACGUUUUAAUACUUCAACAAUCUAAGCAAGCUAGAUUGCAGUGUACAAUAAUUUUGGUUAGGAACAAUUGGUCUAAGCAUGGAGAGAGAAAGUGCUCAUGUGCGAAAUAUGCCUUAGUAGAUCAAGCCACGCAAGGUAUACUUGUCUGCGCUGCAUAGACAACUCGUACUGCAAUAAGUCAUCUGUCUUACUCCGUUCCUUUAUCUUUCUUAUCUAAUAGAAUAAAGCGCCUCGCUAAAUUAUA